AUGAGGCUCUGUCUCAUCGACCUCUUUUGGCUACUCCACUCUGGCAACCACUGGCUCCCAAGGUCUCGGGCCAAUCAGACGCCGUAUGGGCACUUUUCAAUCAACACACCUCAGCUCGCCGAAGCCACUAACACCAUCCGCAUGGAGGCAACGCUCCUGGACGGCGUGAGGAUUCUCACUCAGUCGAUUCUUUGUCUGGCAACUAUGGAUAUUCAGGGCCCCCUUUUGGGAGGGUCUUUUUGA